GUGAGACGCUCUCGUUGAGGAAGAACACUUUUAAAUUAUCUGAAAUUUUUGUAGCUUUAAGUGUCAUUUUCUUAUUCAAUUCACCACCAUUCAAUGCUUAAACUCAUAACUAACUUAUCAAUCGCCUCCGAUUGUAUUCAACUUAAGUUUAAACGUGGAUAUAGUGGCCGAAAAAAAUUAAAUUGAUCAAGCAAUUAAGAGAAGAAAAAAAAAUCUAAAGAAAAUUACAAUUUUUCACUCAAAGUGCUUAUUUUAACCAAUAAAAUGACUUAAAAGAAAAUGGCAUAAUGCAAGUUUCUAAAACCGAGUAUUGUUGGCGCGUGGUUGACUCUUAAAAUCGAUAAACUUAAGGAUCCGCAAGAGUCAAUAAAAAAAAAUAAUCGAAUCUGGCUAGAUCACCAUCGAAAUACGACAAUACGAUUAAAAAAGAGCGACAAAUUCGGCGGUAAAAGAGCAGUCAAUAAAUUAGUUGAACCAUAAACAAUCAAAAACCAUUAUUUAUAAAGAACAAUUAAAAGAAGAUGAUAAGAAAUUGUGAAGAAAAUUAAGAAAGAAAGCAAAAAAAAAAUCUUCAUUAAGGAUAAUAAUGUGCACUUGUUGGUUUGGUUAAAAAGAGGAAUAAAAAAGUGUAACACAUAAUAUCGGCGCGAGAAGCAAUUGCCUAUCGCUUUAAUUAUAAAAUAACUUCAUCAAAGCAUUCAAAGCCUUGUUGAAGGUGGAAAAGGAUUUUUAAUCCUUUUCUUAAUAUUUCUUCUUUUCUCCGGUCCUAAAAAUUCGUAAAAAUUAGUGAAAAGCGCACAAAAAAAGCAAAAAUUCAGAAUACUGGAAACAUGUUAGGUGUUUCGCGCCGUGGCGUGUCAGCCGGACCGCCACUGAGCAUGGAUGAGACGGGAAACAACUGGAAAGGCAACGGACAAGGAUCCGAUGCACAGAAUUCCGGUAGUAACUUUGGUGGCGGACCAAAUAACGCCAACAAUUUCAGUUCGGGUCCCGUGUUUCCGCAAUCCAAUCAAGGAUCACCUGCUGGAAACAUGCAACCGAAUAGCUUUCAAGGCCCGCCUCCCGGCUCUAAUACACCACAAUACACGGCAUCUCCCGCACCAUCAGGAUCAUCAACACCAGGCCCAGGACCACCAACAUCAUCAGGUUUUCCCCCACCACCUCAAAAUUCGUCCGGUCCACCUUAUAAUGGCCCAGCAGGUAGCGGCCCAUUCGGAUCCCCAUCCAGCAAUGGUCCGCAAUUCGGAAGACCAGGAAGUUCAGGUCCUGCUUUUGGACCUCAAUUUGGACCUGGUGGACCCAAUAAUUUUGUCGGUGGCGGUCCUCCAUUUAUGGGCCCUUCCGGUUCACCAUUUCAUGGCCAAGGUCACCCUAUGGGUGGUCCUGGACACAUGAUGAGUGGUCCACAACCCGUCGAUAGACUUGAUCCAAGGUUUCACAUUUCCAGCGGACUCAAUGUGGGACGACGGCAUUCCUACUUUGGUCAGCCUGACUAUAGAAUUUAUGAACUUAAUAAACGAUUGCAGCAGAGAACAGAUAUUUCUGGAAAAUUUCAGGAAAGUGAUAAUUGUUGGUGGGAUUCAUUCGCCAAUGAGUUCUUCGAAGAUGAUGCACAACUGACGUUAACUUUCUGCCUAGAAGAUGGUCCAAAACGUUACACAAUUGGUCGCACAUUAAUCCCGCGCUAUUUCCGAAGCAUCUUCGAAGGUGGCGUCACCGAGCUGUAUUAUAAUUUAAAACAUUCAAAAGAGAGCUUUCACAACACAUCAAUAACAUUAGAUUGUGAGCAAUGUACGAUGGUGACGCACCAUUCAAAACCGAUGUACACAAAAGUAUGCACUGAAGGCCGUUUGGUAUUAGAAUUCACAUUUGACGAUCUCAUGCGAAUAAAAACGUGGCACAUGGCGGUGAGAGCACAUCGUGAAAUGAUUCCACGUAACAUUGUCGGCAUGCACACGCAUCCAUCACAAUCCGAUCCGGCAAUGUUGGAACAAUUAUCGAAGAAUAUCACUCGACAAGGCAUCACCAAUUCAACAUUGAACUACCUUCGCCUCUGCGUGAUUCUCGAACCAAUGCAAGAACUCAUGUCAAGACACAAAGCUUAUUCACUGAGUCCACGAGACUGUCUGAAGACCACAUUGUUCCAGAAAUGGCAGCGCAUGGUGGCACCGCCUGGUAAGCGAGACAAUUCUAUUAAAGAUGCCCAACGACCAGCAAAUAAGCGUCGAAAACGAAAAGGAUCGAGUGGUGGCGGUGUAGCGAACUCAACACCACCUGUACCGAAUAAGAAAAGAUCGCCUGGACCAAAUUUCUCACUGGCAUCACAGGAUGUUAUGGUUGUGGGAGAGCCAUCACUUAUGGGCGGUGAAUUUGGCGAUGAAGACGAGCGUCUAAUAACACGACUUGAGAAUACGCAAUAUGAUGGAACAAACUCGCUAGAUCACGAUAAUCACGGCUUUGGACAUGCCGAAUCACCUCUCUCGAAUGCCAACUCUUGGGUUGAUCGGGGAGGCGGCAGUGCUAUGAAUCAACAGAAUAAUUCCCAAGCAUCGCAAGACGCGCAGGAUAAGAAAAGUCCCGUCGUUCCGCCACAGUGACUAUUGACAAUUUAACAAAAUUUACAUUAAAUCAUUAAAUCCAAUGUGAAUUGAAUGUUUAUUUUUUUUCUGUUGAUAUUUAAAAUGAUAAAAAGAGAAAGAAAUGUGAGGGAAAAGAGUGAAAGAAUCUCGUGGCGUGCUUUCCGCUUUGGGAUAAAUAAACAUCCAACAUCUAUCUCAGUUUUAUGCUUUCCUUAAAUUCUCUUGUUAUUAAAAACUGAAGCUGAUGAAGUAAGAUGCAAUUAAAAAAAGAAAACAAUUCAAAGAUAGCGAGAGGAAGAAAAAUAAAAUUCAUUUCAAUCUCAUCGUUUGCAAAGAAAGCAAAGCAAAAAUAUUUAAUUUUAAUGUAAGAACCUUUAAAAAAUUGGUGAAAAAAAGAGAGAAAGAAAGAGAAUUAAUUGUAUUAUUGUAAAUAUUAAGAUGGAAGGAAAUUUAUUUCUGAAAAUAGUAAAAACGUGCGUGAAUUUGAGGGGAAAAUUGUGAAUGGAGGGGAAAUUUAUGUUGAGAUGAAUGUGGCCAAUUUAAAAGCAAAAUAAUAUUUUAAUUUGAUUUCUCUGACUUUAUUUCUUUCGUUUUUGUCAAUUAGCAAAAUUUUCACCAGUUUUUAAAUGGCAUAAAACAAAAAGAAGUUGUAAUUUCAUGGUAAAUGUUCUUAGUUACGAAUUAGGGGAAAAAUAUGUUGAUUAAAUGUUCAGCAUAACAUCUACCGGUGAUUUUUAAAUGUAACUUAAUUUCGAUACUUUGGGGUCAAUGCGGAAAAUAAAAAAUGAUAAUAAAUAGUGAAGAAACGUUCAAUGGAUGAUCACAUUUGGAUGGGUUGAGUCAUUGUAACAUUUUUCAGCAUAAAUUUUGACUGAAUAUUGAACAAAUUUUCAUUCUACUUUAACAACAUCUUCCAUAAGUUUUCCGAGUUUAGCUGACAUUUCCCAUCCACAAGAUUCAACUAAUCCAUUGAACGUUUUUUUAAACUUUUUAAAUAAAUUAAUGUAUGAUGAGAAUGAGACGAAACCACAUCAAACCAGAUAAAUUAAAGAAAUCAAUUAAAUUUUAAGCGAAAACAAGAAAACAUUAAAGUUUAGACGAAAAGAAAGUAAAAACUGCUCCGAGACUGUGAGGGACAAAAAUGUGUUUCUGUGUUUUUAACAGGAAUUGAUGUUGAUAAAUGACCAGCGGAGGAUUAACGGAAUCGUGUAUUUAUAAAUAAUAAAUAAAUAAAUAAAGAAAAAAACAAGUUUCUCUUCGUAUGAAUGGACGAUAACUUAAAAUACUUAUUACAUUAAAAAAUUUAAAUUGAGAAAGGCGAGAAGAACUUUGAGAAAAACAAAAAUCUAUAUUUACUAAAGUGAUUGUGUAAUUGUAUAAAGCAACCAAUUUUGUAUUCCUAUUUAUCCGUUUCUUGUGCACAAAGGUCGAGAGAAUAUUUUCCAAUUUUCUUUUGACGAUGCUUUGACUUGUUUUUUACCAUCGAAGCUUCGUCAACAGGAGAAAAGGUGAAAUUUUCUAUUCGACUGAUUACCAUCAAAACCGAUAUGAACCGACAAUUCUUAAAUUAAAAAAAUAGAAAACAUUUUGCUGGGAAAAUGUACGAGUCGAGACUUGGAAAUCGCAACUUUCACUCGUACAUUUUUCUACUGCGCUUCAAAAUUUCCACUGCAAAACCACUUAGUUCUCAUCGCGGAUUUUUCACUAAUCUCUUUGUUUUUCCUUUUUUUCUUAAAGUUUCUCCCACUUGAUUUUCUGACGAAAAAUCUUGUCAACUUCUAUGAAACGAUACAACUGAUUGCAUUAAGACGUACAUUAAUUAAACAUGAAAAGAAAAUGAAUCAAAUACCUCAUAAUUUUUCAAGGCGAAUAGCGUGAAAAUCUUCUUAUUUUUGUUUUAGUUUUUCCGCGAUAACAUGUAGAAUUAGAAAGAAAAAAUGAAAGGAGAAAGAAAAAUUAUCCUCCGGUCGUCUUUCGCCAAGCGCCUUUUGUUUGGGAUCGAAAGAAGAAAUUAGUUCAUAAACAUUCAUCCUCGUCUAUCCCACUUUAUUUUUUUCUUUCAUUUGUGCGCAAUCAGCAUUAAACAUAUUUAAAACACAAACACACACACAAUUAUCGUGAAGGAAAAUUUAAGAAAAAAUGAAAACUAAAGCAGAAACAAUUUGUGUAGGAAUUAAAAAGAAAAUUUUACAUAAAAACUUAAAAUACAAAAAAAAAGAAGGAAAAAAAUGAAAAUUUACUUAAAAUUUUUAAGUUAAAAAAAUUAAAUAAAAUAAAAAGAAUAAAAAA